AUGUUGUAAACAAUAUGGUGUUGUAAACAGUUUCCUUUUAAUGUGAAGUUGAGAUUUUUUAAUUUUAGUCGUCCUGAAAAUUGUCUUUCAGACUCCCAAAUCCAGAUAAUAUGUUACAGACAGCGUACACUACUAGCAAACCUCAUUCUGAUAGACUGUCUAGUACAUGUGCAGUACUGUGCCAAAAGAAGGACAAAGAUAAACCUGACCUUCAACUAACUGGCUCUCAGAUUCGUCUUACAUGUCGUCCAAAACUGAAUAUUGGAAAAGCAAGUUCCCGUUUUGUGCCUGUGUUUAAUAAUCAUGUGAAACGACCAAUGUCUGCUAUGUCUACAUUUGGGCAUCAGGCUGUACGUGGGCAUAGUGAAACAUGUAAUGGUGGGUGGAAGCGACCCCACUCUGCCAAUAACUCAUAUUUUUCUGGAGGUGACCAUUCAGUAUCAAGUUCAACAACAUCUGAAUGUGUUGAAACAUCAGGAAGAAUUGCAUAUGCACAAUGUGAUGAUACUUAUCAUAGGAAUAAGGUUCCUGCAAAAUUUCCUUUGUUAGGUGAAAAUCUUCAUAAUUGUGCAACUGAAAAAGAACUUCCUGACAGACAGACAGAUGAUAAUGUAACAGAGCUGGAUCAUGGUUUUGGUGCAACACACAUACUUCCAUCAUCUCAACUUGAGUGUCUUACAUCUGAACUAUUAGGAUGUACAAGAACAGGAACUGAGUUAAAAAACUGUUGUGACAAACUUGGAAUCAAGAAUUCUUUCUGCAACAAAUAUGAACCUGAAAGUUUGAGCAGUGAUUGUUCCAAUGUGCAAUGCCAUUCAGAGACAAGUCUUGGAGAGCAAAUAAUAGCAAAGGCUCAUGACCCACAACCAGCAGAACUACCUUCUAUACUUCCUCUUAAACAAGAACUUGCAAGCAAACCAACUUUAAACAAUGAUGAUAUUUUGUUUGGAACGUUUAAUCAUGUUUAUAGUCCAGUAGAUAAGCUGCAGUAUUUGAACCAAACUACCCAUUCACUAGACAAUGAUGUGCUAGUUUCUGGUGUGGAAGAUGGGAACAGUAGUCAUAUGUGUAGCAUGAAAAAUUUGAUUUCUAUGGUUUUUUCAGAUGGGAGUGAUAUAUGUCAAAGAAACUUAGUUAAUAAUGUUACUGAAGAUAUGUUUAUUACACAGAAGUGUUCAAACAUAAAGGAUGAAAUUCCUAUGAACACACAGUAUUCUUCUCAGCAUGGGGAGAAGAGACAGAAUUUCAAUGAACAGUGCCAAAAUGAAUUGGAGCUCAAGCAUUACCUUUAUACACAAAAUCCAGCAGUUUUAAGUAGAACAUGUAAUGCAUUUGAUGAUGUUUUCAAUUACGUAGGAGAUAUCAAAGUUCAGCAUUGGUUUCAAGACUCAGUAUGUGAAGUUGUUAAAGAACCAAAGGCUCAUAUCUUUGACACUGAAAGGCAAACUGACUUACUUUUAAUGAAUUUGGCAACGGAAAAGUGCAGUUCUAAAUGUUCUGACAACUGUGAACGUUUUGGUAUGAGAGCUAGACAUGACAGUGACAGCAGAGUUCAUUUUGGUAAACCAAGAAGGCAAGAAUUUCAUUUGAAUUCUUUAGUAGAUGAAGACAUUGGUUCAUCAAGCAUAAAUGUUGAUGGAAGUGAUAAAAGGUGUUCUGUGUCUAACAUUGACAGUCAUAGAGUGAAUGUAGAUAAAUCAGAUGCAGUUCUUAAUUUGGAAUUGAGAACCACAAAGAAGUCACUUCUUACUAGUCAAAGAAGAGAAGAAACUGAUUCUGAACAAUUAAAAAUUUCGUCAUCUCAUGGGGAAUUUGAAGGAAACGGUAACAUUUCACAUAAGAUGUCCAAUGUCAGCAAAUCUGAAGAAAAUGACAAAUCAGCAGACCUGAAUAUUGAAUGUUCUGUAGCUUCAACAGGCAAAGAAUCACCAACAUCAUCGCUAAAUACACAGUUGGAAAUCCUAGAACAACAUGAACAGAUCAGACACAUUCCUAAAGAAUCAGCACGAUCACUUGAUCCCAAAGUAGCCUUACAAUUAAAUUUAGAAGUUUUCAGCAUGCAACAUGAUGUUCUUGAGAAAAGUAACAUACCUUAUCCACUGGAUCGGGGAAAUGAUUUACCUGCACCUACAUCUCUGCCACAUGAUACUUAUGACCUGAAUGUGUUCAAUGUUGACCUUUCAGGGAACUCAACUUAUGAUGACAUUAUCUCCAUACUUAAGGUCUUGGAGCAAGAAGAAACAUGUUCUGGUAGUGAAGCAUUUCUGAACACAGAUGUUCUAGAUAGCGCACAGAAUGUUUCAGUCACCAGUGGGAAACUGUGUGAUAUUUUGACCUAUCUUGAUAAAGUGGAACAAGGCUGUGGUGCUACAUUAGAAUCUGCAAAAGGUGAACUCAAAACUGUGAAUAAUACAACCCAAAAUAAUGACCUGAAGUUGACAACAAUGCCCAGGGUGGAAGAACUGCUUAACUUGAGCAAGGUAGACUUGGCUCAUGAAGUACUUGCACUUCAUCUACAGCUGGAGGAGAAGAGUAAUAGCUUCAAUUUAUUGCAAGAGACAUUACAUGAACAGCGAAAACUCACACUCCGCAACACUAGGAACAUUAACCGUGACGUGAAGAAAAAACUGCAUGAGCAGAAAGAAGAAUAUGAAGCAGUUGUUGCCCGUCAUCAGAAGUUCAUUGAUCAGUUGAUAGCUGAUAAAAAGAAUCUUAGUGAGAAGUGUGAAUCUUUGGUCUUCGAAGUGAAGAAAUCUGAGGAAAAUCAUAAAAAGACUUUGAAAGCUGUGGAAGAACGCCAUUCUGUAGAGUUACAGAGAACACGAGAAAUGCAUGCAGCUGGUGAGAAGCUUCGCAGAGACAGGUGGAUUGAUAACAAGACACAAAAGAUUAAGGAGAUGACAGUAAAGAGCCUAGAGCCAGAACUUGAGAGAAUGAAUACAAGACAUCAACAAGAGUUAUCAGACUUAAGGUUGUUGCAUAAGCAGGAAUUAGAUGACCUUGAAAUUCGGGCCUCUCGGAAAACAUCUCAACAGAUGGAACAGCUCAGAGAUCAACUUACUGCUGAAAAGGAACAGGCAUUAGCCAAAGAAAAGGAACUACUCAGCCAGAGAAUUGAGAAACAAGUAGAGCAAGAGGAACUGGAAUACCAGGCACGACGACGUAGGUUCUUAGGAGAAAUCCGCCGAGAGAAAGAAAGACUUGCAGAAGAAGAGACAAGAAUGAGCAAAGAAUUAGAGGAAACUAAACAGAAUUUAUCUAGAGAAAAUGCUAAGGUUAUAGAAAGGCUGAAACAGGAACAUAAGGAGACAAUGGAGGCAUGCUCAAGGAAACAUCAGAAUGAAGUGAAAUCUCUUAAAGAAGCAUUAGAAAUUGAGAAAGAAGCUUGGAUGCACAGCUAUAAGAAAGACCUAGCGACACAUAUUUCUGAACAAGAAUCUGAGUUAAGGAACCAGUAUAAAAGAGAGCGAGAUAAGGAGAUUGAGCUUGUGAUAGAGAGGCUGGAAAGUGAUGCAACUCGAAGUAGGGUAGAGCUGGAGCAAGCCAUGGACAAUAGACUCAGACGAUUAAAAGAGAAGUUUGAUGCUGAAGUCAAAGACUUGGAAGAUUCAGAGAAAUCAAUAAAAACCAAGUAUAAUGAGACAAAGGGUAAAUUAGUAGAGAAAGAAGAUGAGGUUAUCAGUCUAAAAGCCAAUGUUAGGCAACUAGGAAAGGAACUGGAAGAAGCUAGGAAGAUUGUUGACAGAUUAUCUGGAGAGCGUACAGAGGUCAAGGAAAUUGUUCGUAGAGAAUUUAUAAAUCAGAUGGCUGCUGCAGAACAUGAGAACAUUAGACUGAGAGAGGAAAUGGUGGAACUGAGAACCAGACACAGGAUGGAGCUCUCUAGCAAAGUAGAUGAGGUAGCAAGAAUGAUGACAGAUAAGGAAGAGCAGUUGCAGCAAGUGUAUAAUAGGUAUGAUGGAAACACUUACUUCAUAUGUGAGGUGAAAUUAGCAGUGGCUAAAAGGGAUGAAACUAUCCAGAAACUGAAGUCCCAACAUGAAUCAGCACUGAAACGCUGCAGUCACUUAGAAGAACUUCUUGAACAACAGAGAUGAGAUUCCUUAACUAGUUGUAGAUCUCAGUACAGUUCUACCGAAUGGAUUUAAUGAAUGUGUGAUCAGCUGAGAUCAUGAUCAUGCUGAUCUCACCAAAUACACAAGUAUUAACUAAAGUAGAAGACUGAACUAACGCAGAAACGUGUUGAAGUUGGUUGAAUCCUGCUACAUUAAAUUGUGUAUAGUAAAUAAGAGGUCGAGUUGUGUGAAAAACUUUCUAACUGGUUACAAGUGAAUGCCAAUUAUGUGUUUGUAUUUUUUUCUCUGAUGCAUAUAUGUACUUGUAGUUAGCUUGGUUAUGUUUUUUUGUAUAUGUUAAUCAGGAAGUCCUGUGUAUGUGAAAUAGAAUAUUAUGCUAAAGUUUGUUAAAUUACUUUCUUUUUGAUAAAUUCUUGGAUAUGUGUGAUCAGUAAAAUAAAUUUAAUACCAAUUUUCA